CGACAACCAUUAACUGUAACUCAUAAGUGCCCGGAAUGUUCUGUUAGUAAAUUCUUCGAAGAAACUCUUCAUCAUCUCCAGCCUUUAUUUGGAUAACCAACAUUCUCACUACCUGAAAUUAAAUGAACAUGCGGAGGAAAAAAGCAUCGUCCAACAAUUGGUGACCCCGACGUGAUUUUGGACUGAGGUGUUGGUUGACAGACAGAACAUCGGCCGGCCAACAAUUGGUAAGUUAAGAGGAUAUUUAUCCUCCAAAAAUGAUCUUCUGUCUGUUAACUGGGGUUGAGGUCCAUGUCACGUUUGAAUUUGUGACAUUGUGAAGUUAAGUCUCUGGCUGGUUGAACAGUAGGGGUGGUAUAGUCCCAUGAGUAGAGGUUGAAAAGCCUUAGAGUGUGUGGGCGUACCACUCUCGAACGGGUUUAGACGAGCCCUGUGUUCCGAGGUUGUGCCGACACAAAAAGGUUGUAAAUCCCUUGACUGCCAGACACACCAGUAGGUUGAGGGCCAGUCCAAAACUUUCUGGAAUCAAUCAAUUAGCAGAAUUAAAGUCUCAUGUCCAGAAUCUUUCAUGUCCCCACCCUGACUCUGUUUUGGAUCGAACCAGAGGUCCUGAAGACCCAGAGGAAUCUUCCAAAGGUCCCGCUUUUCCUCCUCAUCAGCGUGUGACUGGUUCCCAAAUCUUGCAGGCACCCAUGUUACCCAAAGUUGACCCAGGAGGUUCCAUAGAUUAUCACUCUUGUAUCCAAGCAGCAAAGGAAAAAACCAAGGAGACCUCAUGUGCUUUAACCCCUGAUGGAACAAAAGAUGGCCUCAAAACCAACGCUCACCACUCCAUCUGUAAUCUUAACCCCCACACCGAUCACAGUCCCCCAAAAUAAAAGCAUCGUGCUGCCAGAAGAGUACCACACGCUCCUGAUUGUCAUCUACACGGUGGUUCUGCUCAUCGGAAGCACCAGCCUGAGUGUCACCAUCCACAUAAUGAAGUCCCGGACAUCAUCCACCACCUCCAUCGCUGUUCUCAACCUCAUCUUCGCACACUUCCUUUUCCUUCUCACCGUGCCCUUCAGGAUCUAUUAUCACGCAGCUCAGCAGUGGACCCUGAGCUCGGGCUGGUGCAGAGUGGUCAGCAGCAUGGUCCACAUUCACAUGUACAUGUCUUUUGGCCUCUAUGUUGUCAUCAUCCUCACACGCCUCCUGGUGUUUUACCACAAGGCUAAGCGGUUAGAGUCUUUACCCAGGAUUUACGCUCAAGCUGCUAGUUUUGGGAUGUGGAUGAUUGUGCUUGUCAUUGUCACUUGCAUAGUACAUUUUUCCUACGGGCACUCAAAGGGAGAAAAGAACACCUUACACAGUCAUUUUCAAUGCUUUAGAUUUGGGAAAAACAUAGAAGCUGCUGCUAAGGUGAUCAACUACAUCAUUAGUGCAUUGUUUAUUACAGUAGCGAUUGUGCUGACCAGCCUUCAAGCCAGUGUCCUGUGGCUUUUGUACAGGAUGCAUCACCAGCAGUGCACGUCGCAACAGGACUUUGGAGCUCAACUAAAGAGUUUGUCCUUCGCACUCAUCAUGGUGGUGUGUUUCAUUCCAUACCAUAUAUUCCGACUGUAUUACUUGGAACACCUUGAACUGCAGAAUCUCAAUGAGGUGUUUCUGAGCUUGACCACCUUUAAUUGUGUGGACAUGCUCACCCUCUUGGGAAGGAGGACAUGCUCUUUGUGCUUCCCAGGGAAAGCCAUUUAAUCACCAUGUCCCAUGACUCUUAGAAAUUUGCUGUCUUGUGGAAAUUCUUACACCACCUCAGACGUCGUUCAUUACUGAGAGAUGCAUUCCAUUUGAGCUUAACACUUGACUUAGAAAUACUUUGAAGUUUAACAACGAGAAAUUGAUGAGUAGGUCUCGACCACCAUGUGUGAUGACAUAUGUGACUUCAGCUAAAUGAAUAUAUAAAGGAUUAACUCUAUGGCAUGGGUGUUUUGCCUUUGAUUUGCUGUAACCGGGGGCUGUACACACACAACAGCAUCGCACAUUUUAAACAAUUUUAACUUGUGAGCAGACCUUCCAUUAACAAGAACAAAUCUGGCAUGGGUGUUCUUAUAUGUUAUAAUGUUUGGGUCACUUGAAAUAAAAAACCAUUACGACAGAUUUGAACAGUAACACAUUAAGCAUUUCUGGUGGAAAGGAACCAUGGCAGUUUCUGAUGUGCAUAUUUUCAAGAUACUUGGAUACUAUAUGAUAGAACAAAAUGACCUCAAUUAUUUAAAUUUGUGACAAGGCGGGGUUGUGUAAUAUGUAGAGGUGGGGGACUCGUUUUAUGUUAAUUGAGAUUCCAAUAAAGUGAUAGACAAUACAGAGACUGCAAUUGAGAAAAAUACUGCUUCCUAUUUAAAAACUGGAACUGUGUUUUUUUUUUUUUUUUUUGCAUAGAUGUGUACUUACAGUCCAGCUUGAGUGGGUUUUGUUGUUUCUGCGUGCUUCCUGUAUUUGAUUUGGCAUGUCUGCCUGUAAUGCAACUAA